GUGGUUCCUCCUAGUGGGACCGCCCCCGAGCCUGCGAGCAGCGAGCCGCCGAACACCUCUCCUUCAACGGCUGGCAAACAUCAGGUACAGCCGCCAGCUGCAGCUAUGUUAUCACGAUCCCGAUGUGUGUACCGGACGCUUGGCCGUUCCCUGUCAGCGGUGAGUCAGGCCAAUAAUGUGCUGGUCCGACAAAGUGUAUCAGGCCUCUCUGUCUGCAGUCGGUUAGUUUACAGGAAUUCUCAGCCAUGUGAAUUUCCAUCAUCAGCAAAUGUCUUCCACAUCAGAUACUUCAAGACAUCUGCUGUUCACAGGGAUGAAGUAGUCACAGUCAAGACUCCUGCAUUCGCAGAAUCUGUUACAGAGGGAGAUGUGAGGUGGGAGAAAGCUGUGGGCGACUCCGUGACAGAAGAUGAGGUGGUGUGUGAAAUUGAGACCGAUAAGACCUCAGUACAAGUCCCUGCUCCAGCAGCUGGUGUAAUUGAGGAACUGCUGGUGCCCGACGGAGGGAAGGUAGAAGGAGGAACACCGCUCUUCAAACUCCGGAAAGGAGCUGCUGCUGCCAAAGCUGCUCCCUCUCCGGCUGCAGAGGCACCAGCUGCUGCAGCUGAAGCCCCUCCACCUCCUCCAGCUCCAACCCCCACAGCCAUGCCUACAGUGCCCCCAGUGCCACCGCAGGCUGCCCCAGCCAAACCUGUUUCUGCCGUCAAGCCCACUGCUGCAGCUCCAGCUCCAGCUCCUCCAGCAGGAGCCAGAGGAGAAAACAGGGUGAAGAUGAACCGUAUGAGGUUGAGGAUCGCCCAGAGGCUGAAAGAGGCUCAGAACACCUGUGCCAUGCUGACAACCUUCAACGAGGUGGACAUGAGCAACAUUCAGGAGAUGAGGAAACUCCAUAAGGAUGCUUUCUUGAAAAAGCACAACAUCAAACUGGGUUUUAUGUCAGCGUUCGUGAAGGCUGCAGCUCACGCUCUGACUGACCAACCUGCUGUCAAUGCUGUUAUUGAUGAUACAACCAAAGAGAUUGUCUACAGGGAUUAUGUGGACAUUAGUGUUGCUGUGGCAACUCCAAAGGGGCUUGUUGUACCCGUGAUCCGUAAUGUUGAGACCAUGAACUUCACUGACAUAGAAAAAGCCAUUAAUGCACUGGGAGAGAAGGCUCGUAACAAUGAACUUGCAGUUGAAGAUAUGGAUGGGGGCACGUUCACCAUCAGCAAUGGUGGCGUGUUUGGCUCCUUGUUUGGUACUCCCAUCAUCAACCCUCCCCAGUCUGCCAUCCUGGGCAUGCAUGGCAUCUUCGACCGACCCGUAGCCAUAAAUGGCCAGGUUGAAAUCCGACCCAUGAUGUAUGUGGCACUGACGUACGACCAUCGACUCGUUGACGGCAGAGAAGCGGUCACUUUCUUACGCAAGAUCAAAUCUGUGGUGGAAGAUCCGCGAGUGCUGCUUCUGGACAUGUGAUGUUUGUGGCACCACAUUACUCUUGUUUUAUAGCUCAGCUGCAUAAAAUGAACUCCACAACACAAAACACGCACAAAGUCGCACAAAAUCGGCUACACAACUAUUGUUGUCUUUUUAACUGUUGUGUCACACUGCGGGGGUGGGGGUGGGGGUUAUUAAGGCUGUGGUCCAACACUCACAUGGAGCUUAAAUAUGCUGACUUAUACUUAUCCGUAGAGAGUAAUUUAAAGUAUCUACCUGCUUUAAAUCAACAAACCAAAAGGCAAAAUGAUCGUUGGCCAUCUUUUGUUAGUAACUGUUGCGCUACAUUUGGAUUUAGGAAAGAAAAAGCACAGUCACAGUUACAUGUCUUAGGACAAAAAUACACAGGCAGAUAAUACUGAAGAUAACUUGCAUAUGGGUAUUUUAUUGUACCCAUGUGUUCCUCAGAUGAACAUAUGAAGCAGUAGAUAAACACUCGCUGCAUCCUUGUCACAGUUGCGUAAUCAUGAAAUACAAAUGGCUUUUCCAGGCAAGAGUUGGCUACAAGACUUUCUCACCUGCUCAUUAGUCGUUGCUCCUGAGCCACUUUUUCCACAGCCGGGCAAAACAGAGCUCACUCAUAUUAGUUCAAGAUGUUUUAAUGUCAACACAGGACUGAGAGAUUUAUUUGGUUCACUGCUAGUCAUUGUUACUAGCUGCAGUCUAGGGAAGAAAGGAUCAGCGAACUGGAAGUUAGGUUUUCAAACAGAACACGUGUAUAUCAGUGCCAUGCCUUUGAAUCCAUGUCGACUGUUUGAUGAGCAUGUGGGUAGAGGUGACUUAGUUCAGUUAUAUUCCUGCUUUGCACACUCAUUCAUGUCCUGUAUCGUUCUGAUUUGUGUUUUAAACUUUUCUCACUGUUGUCAGGCCGUCAAAGUCUAAAACUGUUGAUCAAACAGACACAAAUGAAUUCACUGUUCAUUAGCAGAAAAUACAAAACACAAACCGGACACUAUUUGUUUUUUAACAUAUAUAUUCAUAUAUUUACAGUAUGUAUAUGUUGGGAGGAAUGUUCAAAACGCACAAUUUGGCAGCAGAUUUUUAUGUUUAGCUCCAAUGUUAGAAUUUUCAAUGUGCUAUCCUAUAUAUAAAAUACUUGUAUCUAUUUAAAGAAACAAUUUUAAACAUGAAA